AUGGCGUGCCCCAUCACUGUCUCCAAGUUUGUGGGCACAGUCUCCCUUGGGCUGCUCACAGGCCUGUCAUACUCUGCUUCCAGUGUCGCCAUUCCAUCCUUGAGCCUUCUUCCUACUGCCACAACUGCCUCCCGGUCCCUCGGCGAAGUCAAGCGCUUGAAUCGCAAACACGGUCUGCGACUGACUAACAUCGCGAAUGGGUGUCUUCUCUUCGCAUAUUGCGUCUCUCCCAAGCACCGCAAGCAUCCUUAUUUGAUCUGGAUGUGCGUCACUUCCACUCUUGGCUCAUAUGGUAUGGAUUACUGGUUCCACCGACAGGACGGCUUGGUGGUCUGGGUCCAGGACGUUCUGCACGACAUGGGAUGCAGCCGCAAGACCGUUCAGAAGCAGAAGAAAGAAGAGGAUAUCGUAGUGGUCGAGGCGGAGGAGAACAUCAAUGGCGAGAGUGUCCAGAAGGAGAUGGACACGGAACGUCGUCUCCAGCGGGUGCGGGCCAUAUUCUCCGGUUUUGCACUCGCGAUGGGUAUCGUGGGGCUUUGGGGCGAUCGUCGGCCUUGAUCAUGGGCCGAAAGCAGACUCCGAUAGAGGUGUGCCCGAAUGACGCCCGCAUUAGCUUCGUCCUCUCCCCUCCCAUCGUUUUCGAUUCUUGUAGUGUCUUUCUUCUUUGCUCUAAGAAUCUUUGGUCCUCAAAUAUGCCCGUCAUGAUGCAUUCGGUGUAUGUAUACGGGUUCAAACAUUUGCCCAUGAGGUCCCAGCUAUCACGAUUGAGCGUUUCAUAUGUAUCCAGUUAGGAACGGAGUUAUGGAUCUUCCAUGAUAUUAAUGAAGCCGGACAAACUGCACGCUCGGGCCGAAAGUCUCCUGGGCUGCACACUAGAGACAUUGGUACAUAAUAGGCGCAUGACAAUUUCCCCGCACCGCCAAAUAUCAG